AAAUGUUAGGAGCUCAUUUGUAGAAAGAAAAUGGUUUUUGGGUAAUUAGUAGGAACUCUUAAAAAAAUGCUCUUUUAUAUACGAAGAAGACAUCAAUGAGAUAAUUUUCUCCAAAAAAGAAAAAAAAAAGAAAAAAGAAGAAGAAGAAGAAGAAGAGUAUGGAAAUCCGUAUGGCAAGACAGUUUAAACUGGAUUAGUUGACUCCCCCAAAAGGCAUAUUUUGGGAACAAGAGAAACAAGGUGGCGCGGCAGCGCAGCGCAGGGGAGGAGGAGGAUGUGGAAUCUGACGGUGGUUCUGUGCGUGAUAUGGGCGGCGACCCUUCUCUACGGCGAGAUGUUCGCGUUCUGGGUCCCCUCUUUCUUGACCUGUUCUUGGCCUCAUCAUCUACGUCAUCGAUCCCCUUCUUCUUCGAUAAGUGGAGCAGAAUUUUCAAGUGAGUACGUGAAAGUUGCUGUUCUUACUGAUCCACAGGUCAUGGACCGAACCUCCCUUCGCCUUGCUCCAAAAUCACUGGCUUUGGAAUCUGUUCAAUUCUACACGGACUUGUUCAUGCGCAGAGCCAUCUUAGCAUCCGUGUUGCCUUUCCAACCUGAUGUGAUUUUGUUUUUGGGUGAUUAUUUGGAUGGGGGACCUAUAUUAUCUGACAAAGAAUGGCAGGAAUCUUUGAGCCGUUUUAAGCAUAUUUUCAACCUGAAUAUGCUUGAAAGAAGUGCAAAAACCCAAGUAUAUUACCUUCCUGGAAAUCAUGACAUUGGCUAUGCAGCUAUUCACUCACGAAUGCCAGAGGUUAUUAAACGCUAUGAGAAAGAAUUUGGUUCAAGGAACUACCAAUUUACCGUUGGAAAAGUGGAUUUCAUUGCUAUUGAUGCUCAAACUUUGGAUGGGCCUUCACAAGGACACUUGACUGCUGCAACCUGGGAUUUUGUAAAAAAUAUCUCAAAGGAUGUUAGUUUGACUCCGAGGGUUCUACUGACUCAUAUCCCAUUAUAUCGACCGGAUUGGACUUCCUGUGGCCCACACCGCUCUUCUCCAGUUAUCAAUCAGAGGGUUUCCAGGGAUGCUGAGACUGAAGAAAUACUGUACCAAAAUUAUGUCACCAAAAAAUCGUCAAAGUCCUUGUUGGAAAUGGUCAAACCUGUACUCAUCUUGUCUGGUCAUGAUCAUGAUCAAUGUACAGUGAGCCACUUAUCGAAGUAUGGGCAAGUGGCAGAGCAUACCUUAGGGACCAUAAGCUGGCAGCAGGGUAACCUGUAUCCAUCAUUCAUGCUAUUAUCUGUCAGUAACCAAGCAUUGGACGAUCUAUCCAGCAAAGAAGAUGCAAUAUUAACUCAUUUGUGCUUUCUUCCUAUGCAAACACACAUCUACAUAUGGUAUAUUUGUCAAUUUGUUCUGACCCUUCUUGUCCUACUCCUUUGGCCAACAAACGGCAUAGACUUCUCACGUCAUUUUCGUGGUUUCAUGGGGUAUAUCAGAAGCCUUAGCUGCAGCAUUUUUGGAGAUGUUACGAAAGAGAAAAAUGACGAUGAGAAUUGUGAGUAUGAGAUGAUUUGGGAUGCAGAAGGAUCUAUGCAUCUUAUAAAGAAAACUUCGAAGGCCCCUACUAAAUUAUCAAGUGACAAGGGCGUGGUGGAGAGCAGGGGAAAUGCUGUGAUUCGGCCAGCAGCUAAAAAACACAUCUCACCGGAAAUGGAUGUCUCCGUGUCUGUGGAUAUGAAUGUACCACUUAUUCGAACAAACAAGUCAAAGACAAAAAUGGUCAUCCGGAGAUUGGUACGAAUAGUUCGGACACUUAUAGUCGUGGCUGCAGUUAAUGUCCCUCUGUAUAUGAUGUUGCUCUUCAAGGAUUGGAUUGACAAAUGAAGUCAGAACUCAGCGUCUAAUCGGUUAUGCUUUUGUGCAAGUAGCUGCUCUUAGAUGGAUAGGAUAUCAGGCCAAUUUGAAGAAUCAAUGCCCGUUUGUUCUUUCUUCCUCACUCCCUAUAGGUUUUUUUAUCUGACUCACUCCCCAAAGUUAAUUAAGGCUAAUUAGAAGCUCCGUUGGAGUUGUUCAGUAUGUGUUCUGAACAGUUUUAAGUCGUUUCGAUGGGUGUUAUAAGCUCAAGGUGAAGACAUUUGAACCCGUAUGUAGAAUAAAUUUCUCAAAGGUGUACAAGCUGACAUUGCCCUGUCUAGUGCACAAUAUAUGAGGUUUCAUGAUACAAACCGAGGUCCUAAAAUUCUCUGAAGGACUUUUAUUGUUUGUAUUUUGAGAUCUAAGUCAUUGGGUUUCGUUACAAUGUGGAUUUGAAUUCUCUGCUUUGGAGUAGGCUAAGUCAAAGAAAAAGUUGGUUAUACACAUAGUUGUACGUAUCA